AUGAACGGCCGUCAGGUAGUUUCUUGGGGUAUCAAGUCGCAAGCCACCCAGAGCCAGAUCGUCAGUCAUGCCUUGUACGAGCCCGAUACCAAGUGGCACUAUCGAGAGUGUGGCGUCACUUAUAAGCGUGAGGGCGUUGAAAAACGUUUCUUCCACUUCGCGCCGCGCUCUGAAACUUCCGCUGCGAUGGAUGGCGGCCUUAUCGAUCUUCAGAUUUUCCGAUCCUACGGACGAAGGAGGAGAGCGCCUCAGCUUGACGACUUUCGCAGUCAAGACCAGUAUGGUAUCACAUCACCCACAGGAGGCCUCGUGGAGUCACCCCAAUAUCUCACAUUCUACGACUGGGUUCUCGUCGAUCCUGUUGACUCUCCAUUCGCCACAUUUCGCUUCUUCUACCGCACUUGGGAAAACUUGAAGGCGCUGAACCUCGUAUCAGAGGCGCAUUAUGAGGAACUGAUGGCCUUCAAUGCACAGAGUGGACAGCUGCCGAACAGACCCAAGACGCCAAAUCACAAUGAGACUGAAGGUUACACUCGCACCCAACUGAGACCAUUCGGUCUCGAAUCUCUUGACGGGCUUGUCUUUGAGGACAACAACACGAGUCGGAACAAGAUGAGAGGGAGGCAGAACUCAGCCGCUGAGAGAGAUUUCUACCUUGAAACACCACCCAAGCUCGCUCCUCCGGCCUUGAACCUGACCAGAAUGCCUCAGCCCAGCAAGCUAGCACGAGAGAUUCGGAAGGUGUCAGACACCCUUCGACCUCUACCAAUGCUUCCUGAUUUUGAACCUCCGAUCCGCAGGCAGUCGUUAGAAUCGACAAGGGCACCGUCAGUCACCCCGUCGCUCUUACCGUACAUUGACGAGUGGAGUGGUGGUGACGAGUUUGAGCUUGGGGUUGCCAGACGGGUGAUGCUGCCCUCGCUCUCUCAGGAACUCCCUGAGAUGGACCCGCGCCGUCCUCUCCCUUCUCCCCCCCGAGGACUUCCAGCAUCUUCAUCUGACUAUGACAUGACGCCUCCUUCUACGGGCGGCUUGGAGGUCCUCAAUCGGGUUGGGAGGCAACAGUACAUCGCCGCAGCGCAUGCGAAGUCGAUGAGGCUGAGAGCUGUUGAUAACUUUGACAACAUGAGCCUCUCUGAAGGAGAAUGGCUCAAGCGGAGUCCAUCGCCUUUGCGUCGCAGACAUGGAAGAUUGAAUCUCAACAUAUGGAAGGCUCGAGACACGAACGAGGGUCAGUGA